AUGUCGUCAGGGGACCUCAAGCUGGACGACCUCAAGCUCGACUUCAGCACGAUCGAGUCGCCGCAUCACAAGACCAGAGACACCGACGUUCUGUCGCCGCAAGGGGCCUGGAACACCCGCGAUACGGCCGUCGAAAACGAACCGGACGAGCCGCUGUACAACACGCAGAUCUAUGGCGGACUGCGCAAAGGCGACACGGUCAAGUUCUUCUCCAUCCAAUGCAUCGGGUUGGUAGCUGCCACCUUCUCGUCGACCUUUGCGGUCGAGUGCCUCAACAGCGAGGUCCAGCCUCUGCUCAAGGAGCACUUCGGGCUGAACCCUGCUCAACUGGCUGCUUCCCAGCGUCUCACGUCGAUGCCUCAGGUGCUUUGCUUCCUGAUCGGACUGCUGACCGACUGCUACCCGAUCCUGGGGCUGCGACGUAAGGCGUACAUCCUCAUCGGUUUAGCGAUGACCGUCGUGAGUAUGUGGUGUCUUGCGGGAAUGGACGCGUACAUCGAGACGCUAGAGCCUGGGACUGCUAGUACCGGACUGGCCGCGAUGGUGAUCGCAUUUGCGACGAUAGCUAGCCUCGGAAACAUCGUGGCGUACGUCAGUAUCCAAUCUCGUGUGAUUGAGCUCGCCCAAAGAGAACCUUUGGGGCUUCGGGGGACGAUCCUGGCCGCGUACUUAAUCUUCAGAAGCGUCGUGUUCAUCAUUACGGACGCGUGCGUAUACGCUGUUCAGAGUACUGCGACUCCAGGGGAAACGCACCAUACGACGACUCUCAUCGUAUUUGGCUUUAUUAUCGCGGCGCCGAUUCCUCUGAUCUGCAAGUUUUGGGAGGAGAAAUGCUACUCGCUCUCGACGACCGUAAUGACUCGAGGCCAGAUCCUGUGGAAGAUCAUGCAGCAGAAGGCUGUGUGGAGUGUGCUGGUGUUCCAGUGCUUCUUCACGCUCUUCAACAUGAUCAGUUUCAGCGGACCGUCCUUAAUUAUCAGUGUGUGGGCUGGAGCGAGUGGAGACAAUGUGUUCAUGCAGCAAGCGAUGCACUACGGGAUGGUGAUCGUUACCGUGCUGGUGUGGCGCUACUACUUCAUGAACCGCGCGUGGCGCGGCUUCUACGCUGGUUGCCCAGGGCUGCUUAUCGUCUCCCAGUUGAUUGUGACGAUUCUCGUGAGCCAAGAUAUCCUCCGUGACCGCGUGUUCUAUCGGAUCAUGACAUUGUUCAGCAGCGCUUCAGCCGCUAUCGGCUGGCUCAGUAGCGUGGUCCCGCUGACGGAGAUCAUCCAGGAAGGCUCGGAGGGUGCCAUGGUCGGCCUUACCCUGUCGCUCUAUUUCCUCGUCGGCAUUUUCGUACAAACCAACUCGGUCGGUCUGUUCGAGGGAAGCAACUUCUACAACAUCGCCGAGGUUGCAUCAGACUCUCCAGAAGGGCGCGAAGAUGUUCUCGUGGCGCUCAUUCUCAACUAUUGCAUCAACGCGUUGGCGUUUUUCGGACUCUUCUUCUUACCACGUCAGAAGCUUGACACGCAGCAGCUCCGCAGUUACGGCGGGUACACCAAGUGUGCCAGCGCUGCCAUUGUGGUCUUCUCCGCCGUUCUCUUCCUCUACUCAUUCGCCGUUACGAUCAUGACUUUCAUCCCUGGAGCUGCUUGCAUUCGUGUCAUGGGUGGCUCUGGCUGCUAA